GCUCACACACACACACACACACACACACUCACACACACACACAGAGGCAGGCGGCAGGUAAAGACAGGAAACCCUCUCUUCCUCUUUUCAUCUGUCGUCUGCAUCCAUCGUUUUUCUGUGAUCUCGUAGUGAUCGGAUGUUGGAUGUCGAUCGUCAGCAUCGUUGCCAGGGAGAUCUUGGACUCCCGGGGAAACCCCACUGUGGAAGUGGACCUUCACACAGAGAAAGGUCUGUUCAGGGCGGCCGUGCCCAGCGGAGCAUCCACAGGUAUCUACGAAGCUCUGGAGCUCCGAGAUGGAGACAAGAGUCGCUACAAGGGCAAAGGUGUUUUGAAGGCCGUCGGCCACAUCAACGAUAGUCUGGCUCCAGCUCUUAUCGCCUCUGGCAUCAGCGUUGCGGAGCAGGAGCAGCUGGACAACAUGAUGAUCGAGUUGGACGGCACGGAAAACAAAUCUCAGUUUGGGGCCAACGCCAUCCUGGGAGUGUCUCUGGCCAUCUGCAAGGCCGGUGCAGCGGAGAAAGACGUCCCCCUGUACCGCCACAUAGCCGACCUGGCUGGAAACACAGAGCUGGUGCUGCCGGUUCCUGCCUUUAACGUUAUAAAUGGAGGAUCUCAUGCUGGAAACAAACUGGCCAUGCAGGAGUUCAUGGUUCUGCCCGUCGGAGCCGAAUCUUUCAAGGAGGCGUUGAGGAUAGGAUCAGAGCUGUACCACACACUGAAGGGAGUGAUCCAGGAGAAAUAUGGUCAGGACGCCACCAACGUGGGAGACGAGGGCGGCUUCGCUCCCAACAUCCUGGAGAACAGCGAGGCUCUGGAUCUGCUGCAGACCGCCAUCGAGAAGGCCGGCUUCACGGACAAGGUGGUGGUCGGGAUGGACGUCGCCGCCUCAGAGUUCUACCGCGAUGGCAAAUACGACCUGGACUUCAAAUCCCCACCAGACCCCGAGAGACACAUCAGCGCGGAGGAGCUGGCCGACAUCUACCAGGGCUUUGUCAACAACUACCCAGUGGUGUCCAUCGAGGACCCGUUUGACCAGGACGACUGGGAGGCCUGGUCCCGUCUCACCGCUCGAGUGGGGAUCCAGGUUGUCGGCGACGACCUGACGGUGACCAACCCCAAGAGGAUAGAGAAAGCUGCCGAGGAGCGAGCCUGCAACUGCCUGCUGCUCAAAGUCAACCAGAUCGGCUCCGUCACCGAGGCCAUACAAGCGUGCAAACUGGCUCAGGCCAACGGGUGGGGCGUGAUGGUCAGCCAUCGCUCCGGAGAGACGGAGGACACCUUCAUCGCCGACCUGGUGGUGGGACUGUGCACCGGACAGAUCAAGACCGGCGCCCCCUGCAGAUCUGAGCGACUGGCCAAGUACAACCAGCUGAUGAGGAUCGAGGAGGAGUUGGGCGACCAGGCUCGCUUCGCAGGCCAUAACUUCAGGAACCCCAGUGCACUGUGAAAACCGACAGAUGGACGGAUGAAUGACUCACACACACACUCACAGACACACACUCACAGACACACACUCACAGACACGACAAACAGGGAAUGAGCCAUGUACAAAGAAAGAUUCAUUAAAAAACACACAAGCUAAAGAGCCAAGCAAAAAAAAAGACAAAGAUAAAAUAUGCACUGGACUUUAAAUGUGUAGGAAGACGAUGCUGCACACACACACACACACACAUGCACAGUCGGCAGAUGCAACACACGCUCACGCACAUGCAGGGGAAUAUUAUGAACAUAUAACAUUUCUAAGCCAGACAUGCACUGUUACUGUAGUUUUAACGAGGACAGAGCUGCAAAGAUCCCGAUUAUUGUUGUAAGAGCGGAGACGAGCAGAGAAAUGAUAGAAUCCUGUGAAGUGAAGCACGUGACUGGGUUAGGACGAUGCCUCUGCAGAAACACGACUCGGCCGUUUCCGACCGAGUGAAAACUACACAAACACCCGAACACGUGUGUCCUCCGUGUCCACCUCUGUCCUGGACACUGAGACACCUGCACUCCUCCACCUCUCUCCUCCUCUCUCUCUCCUCGUCUACUUUUCCUCCCGUCGAGUCGGAUUCUGUUUUUCUUCCUGAUGUGAUUUUGAUUAUUUGUCCUUCAUGCUUGAAUCUCUGUCUGAAGAAAAAAAAAAAAUGAUCUAAACCUCCUUGUUUCUUCGGUUCCUCCUGAAUGUCCAUAGAAUUAGCUUCGUUGAAAAAGAAGAAUAAAUGAACGAACAAAAACGCUUGUCAUUGAAAAUAAUGUGAAAAUAUGUGAAAUAAUAAAAAGAUGGUAAUUUACAAUUUCAAUCACAGUUAAAAAAAUGUGUUUGUGUUGUUUUGUGUGUCUGUGUUAGUUGUGCAGUGAAUCCUCAGGAGCUUCAUCCGUAGUGACGAGAUGAUGCAGCAAAUAAAACACCAAAUACAA